ACAGGUAGCAUUGGAAGGCUUGUCUGAUUCUGAGAGUAAUGAGAUAAGCAAGCUCGAGACAUGCCCAAGAUGACGGAUAAUCCCAGCGGAAGAGUGCGUCCCUGACCUGGCAUCUGUUGUCAUGAUACCCCAGAUACAUGCAAAUUCUGAUUUCGUGUCUAAGGCAUGCUGGGCAGGAAAUAAUUUAGACAGGCUUUCGUUCUUUACAAUGGUCUCAUAUAGACAGCUUCAUUGUGCUUCAAGAAAUGUGUGGUAUGCUGAACGUAUGAUUAUAGAGAAAGAAAAAGGAAAAAUGAAGUUGAAUUGUGGGAUGAAUAUAACAAAGAGAUGUGAAUGUUACAUGUUCUUAAACCAAAUGAUUGCUGAAAUAUAUGCUCGCCCCUAAUAUUCAGGCCUUAAAAGCAAUCAAGGUCUAGAAGCUAGACCGUGCGAACAAAGGAAAGAAAAAGAAUAUAUAUAUAUAAGGAAAGAAGGUGCGGA